AUGGCUACCUUAGAAAUCUUCAACAUCUCCAUUUUAUUCUUAUUCUCCCUCUUCCUUCCUCACAGAGCUGCCACCCCUUGCAAUGGCUCAACAUGCUCCAUUGACGGCCCUGUGGCUCGAUUUCCUUUCCAAAUAAGAAACAACCAAGUGUCAAGUAAUUGUGGAUAUCCUGGGUUUGAUCUCUCAUGUAACAACCAAAGUCAAACUAUUAUCACUUUCCCAUCUUCUGGGGACUUCAUCGUCCAGAGCAUCAGCUACCUAGCACAAAUCCUAUAUAUCAAUGGCACCGAUAACUGCAUGCCUAAACGGUUCCUCCACCGCGACUUGAGUUUUGAAGACACACCCUUCUCUAUCUACUUGGGUUUUGAGGGCACUAAAAACUACACGUUCUUCAACUGCUCUUCCGACCAAGAAAUAUAUUGGCCUUCAAACAUCAUCUCUUGCCUAAGCACAGAAUCAUUUGAGUGGCAGGAAAUUAACCAGGGUUUCAUGCUGGCAUGGGACGUCCCUGAUUGUCGUUAUUGUGAAGAAAGGGAUCAAGCUUGUGGGUUGACGAAGGGCAAAAGUUCGACAAUUCAGUGCUUACAUACUGAUAAAGUCUCUUCAGGUCUCUCAAAAGCGGCAAAGUUUGGCAUAAUGGUGGGUGUGGGAAUUCCUGGGCUAUUGUUCUUCGUUUGGCUUGUACUUCAUUUUUGUAACAAAACGGUUCAAGGUCAAAACCCCCAGCCCAUCACAGAAUUAUCCACCCUAACCAGCCAACAACCUUCGACGGUCGCAAAGGGGCUUGAUGCUUCGACUAUCGAAUCAUAUCCCAAGACUCAGCUGGGUGAGUGUUGGGAAUUGCCCAAGCCGAAUGACAACAGUUGCCCAAUUUGUUUGUCUGAGUACAAAUCCAAGGAAACACUAAGGACUAUACCAGAAUGCAACCAUUAUUUCCAUGCUAGUUGUGUAGACGAGUGGCUUAGAAUGAAUGCAACCUGCCCACUUUGUCGAAAUCCACAGGAGAAGUGA